UUCUCCUCCUCCUUCUUCCCCCCUCCCUCCCCUCUGCUUGUUUCUUUCCCGCUCUCCUUCUCUCCGUCUCCCCGCGCUCGAGAUCUCCAUCCCUUUCCGCGAGAUCUCCCUCCCCCCUCCCCGCUGCACCUCUGGACGCUGCGGAUAACGCUGUCUCCUGCCGGCGAGACUUCCUCCCAUCGACGACUCUCCUCAUCCCUGCCCCUCGUCUUCAGCCCGGCGUCGUCUUCAGCGCUCGCCUAGUCGGAAACCGGGCAAAUGUUUCAAUGAGAGUUGCUUUUCUGUCUCCAGCCAGUCAUCGCUGGCAUACAACAGGAUGAAGCGGAGUGUCCUUGCCACUGCCUUACGAUUGGGUGGACGAUCCCUCCGGCCGAUGUCCACUGCGACGGCCGCUGUGGAGAGGGCUGACCUGCCGCUCACUUUCUCCUCUGGCGGUGAUGCCGGGGAUGAAGGCAGCAACAUCUCGAUGAAGGGUGUGCGGAUUGCUGGCAGGCCGCUGUACCUGGACAUGCAAGCGACGUCGCCGGUGGACCCGCGAGUGCUGGAUGCCAUGCUUCCCUUCUUCACUGCUCGCUUCGGCAAUCCCCACUCUCGGACUCACCUCUAUGGAUGGGAGUCCGAUCAGGCAGUGGAGCGUGCGAGGGAGCAAGUGGCGGCUCUUGUGGGUGCCAAUCCCAAGGAGAUAUUCUUCACUUCCGGUGCCACCGAGUCGAACAACAUCUCCGUUAAGGGGGUCAUGCACUUCUACCGCGAGAAGAAGAGACAUGUGGUCACCACCCAGACGGAGCACAAGUGUGUCCUUGACUCUUGCCGUCACCUUCAACAAGAAGGCUUUGAAGUAACCUACCUCCCCGUCGGAACCGAUGGCCUCGUGGACCUCGACCGCCUCCGUGACGCCAUCCGUCCCGACACCGGUCUUGUAUCUAUCAUGGCUGUCAACAAUGAGAUCGGCGUCGUACAGCCGAUCGCUGAGAUCGGCCAGAUAUGCCGUGAGAAGGGCAUCCCUUUCCACACUGACGCCGCGCAGGCACUUGGGAAGAUACCCAUCGACGUUGAGAAGAUGAACAUUUCUCUCAUGUCACUCAGCGGUCACAAGAUCUAUGGUCCCAAGGGGGUUGGUGCUCUGUAUCUCCGGCGGCGCCCAAGAGUGCGUGUAGAGCCACAGAUGAAUGGCGGUGGGCAGGAGCGUGGCAUCAGGAGUGGCACAGUCCCCACCCCGCUGGUCGUGGGGUUUGGGGAGGCCUGUGAGAUCGCUGCAAACGAGAUGGCAUAUGACUCAAGGAGGGUUGAGGCGUUGCAGAAGCGUCUGCUUGAUGGUAUCAGGGCAAGGCUUGAUGGAGUGGUGGUGAAUGGUAGCAUGGACCAUCGGUACGCUGGGAACUUGAACUUGUCAUUCGCCUAUGUGGAAGGCGAAAGCCUGCUUAUGGGGUUGAAGGAGGUGGCCGUCUCAAGUGGGAGUGCUUGUACCAGCGCAAGCCUGGAGCCUUCCUAUGUUUUGCGCGCACUCGGAGUUGAGGAGGACAUGGCUCACACGUCAAUCAGGUUUGGGAUUGGGAGGUUCACUACUGAGGCAGAGAUCGACCGGGCAAUUGAGCUAACAGUGAAGCAGGUUGAGAAACUGAGGGAGAUGAGCCCUCUGUAUGAGAUGGUCAAAGAAGGAAUCGACCUGAAGAGCAUCCAAUGGGCACAACAUUGAGCUGACAUCUAGAAUUGGUGGGAGUUUGCUUACAUAAUGAAAGGGUAAAAUUAUGGCAGAGAGAACAAUUGGAUCGAUCUAGCUUGUGGUAGGGAUUCCCAUGAUUGGCAGUUAAAAGAAACAUGAAUUGGUUGACAGACACAACUUGAGCUAUGCUUGUAAGUCUUUAUUUUGUGAUCAAGACGGAGGGAUUUCUACUACCUUCUUGGAGCUUCAUUUGUAAUACCUUUUUUUGUGUCUUGGCCCUUUAGAACUAAUAAGAGAGAAAGGAAGAGAAGGAAGACAGUUUCCACUUUGUACUUAUUGUGCCUUGGUCCUCCUUAUAAUUGUUUUACUUGAACA